AUGGCAACAAGCUCGAUUCCCUCGGCUCCAGCAGGAAAUCCAUACUACACCAUCCGUGCAAUCCCCACUAAAGGUUACGGCUGCUUCGCGCUGAGCGACCUUCCCCGCGGCACCCGCAUCCUCUCCGAUACCCCGCUACUCAUCGUCCCAGUCGCUGACUACAUGCUCUCCGACAUUGAGAAAGCGUUUGCAGAGUUGACGCCAGACCAGCAGAGGCAGUACCACACUUUCCACUCCAGCCACGGCCAAGAUCCCAAAGGCUGGCCCAGCCGCAUCCACGAAUCCGUCCUCCCAAAGGAACGCACGCGAAUCGAGCAACAACACGCCGCGCGGACAGGCAAGGAAGCGAGUCUGAUCAGCAUUUUCCAGACGAAUUGCAUGGAGAUGAAUGCUGGUGCUGCUGUAUUCCCGCGCGCGAGUCGGUUCAAUCAUUCGUGUAAUCCGAAUGCAUGUUUUUCGUUCAAUCCGUCGACCGGUAGAGAGAACAUACAUGUCAUGAACCCGAUCUCUGCUGGUACCGAAAUCACCCUGAGCUACUGCGACAUGAUGCACGAUAAACCACUGCGCGCCUACGAACUCAAGCACUACGGCUUCGUGUGCGACUGUCCUGCUUGUACCGAUGACGAAGAUGAUGAAGAAAGCGUUGGAGCCAAGAGUGCAGAACGCAGGUUCAGGUUGGCGGAGUUGGAGAGGGAGACGAGAUUCUUUAGGGGGGCAGGAUUGAGCCAAGGAAGCGAGCAGCAAGACUUUGUGAAGAAAUUGUUGGAGUUGGCGGCGCUGCACAAGGCCGAGGGGGACUAUAGUGCUAGGUUGGCUGCUGUAUUCCUCGAUAUCGCCCUUGUUUGUGAGAUCAAGGGCGAUAUGCACAUGGCGGACGUGGUUGCAACCAAGGCGCUCGAGGUCAAGAGAGAUUGUCAGGGGGAAGAUUUUCCUAAUUAUGGCAGGUAUGCUGAUGUCGUUCAUCGUUUCAAGGCAAAGGCCGCGCUGCAGCGUUGA